AUUCCAAGGCCUCGGUUGGCGCGGAACUGUGUUUGCCCAUCCUUGAGGUAAGAGGUGGUCACGUGGUUUUGUCGCAACCAAUCGGCAUAGCCAGAUGGGUUUCUCACAGCCAAGCUGAAGCGUCUCCGCCUCCUCCCGGGGCCUGAAACGUUUGAGAGUGGUGGGAGAAGAGGAGGUACAGGGAACCGGCAAGGGGGUGUGCUCAUGGGAUGAAUAGACACAGAGGUAUGGGGGAAUUGCUGAAUGCAGCAGGGCUGAGGCUAACAAUUUGGAGAUCCUGGUAGUAGAACCAUUUUGAAGAUGGAUGCCUACCUCUGCCAUUCAUCUGACAAAAUCAGAAGGUGUAGAAACGUAGGAAAAGGGAGCUUUGAACAUUAUUGAGUGUCAUUGACGCAGAGUUGGAAGACGCCCAGUCAUGGCCUCCCACUACCUUCCUGAUCCAGGAGAGAGUCCUCUAGUCUCCCCUGCACAACUGCAAGAUGGAGACAAUGACUCCGGAAUAGAAGAUGAGCUCAGAUUAGAACAGGCAGACUCUACAAUUUUCUUGGCUUUCAAAGGAGAUAUUGGAGAUGCUGACUUCCAGAAAAAACUAAACCACAUUUUGAAUAAUGUGCCGAACCUUGUUAGCAUGGAGUCCGAUCAGUUGAGACUUCAGAAGGUGGAGCCGUGGAACAGUGUUAGGGUAACAUUUAACAUACCUCGGGAAGCUGCUGAGCGUUUGCGCCUCCUUGCUCAGGGUAACAACCAGCAACUACGAGACUUAGGAAUUCUGUCUGUCCAAAUUGAAGGGGAAGGUGCAAUAAACCUAGCUUUGCCCCACAAUCAGGGACAGGUGCGAAUGAAUGGUCCAGUGGCAGCAAACACUGCUAUGAGAAUUGAUGGCAAUUUUGCAAUGCAGGGCGGAACGGGCAUCAUCAGGAUGAGCAGCCCUGCGGUCGCCAUGAUGUCUCAAGGUGCUCAUGUCUCUUCUGCUGUGAUGACUCCUGGUGGAUGCACUGAACUUCAACCAAGAACAUCCAGGCCCCCCUCACAACAAGCAGAUACAAUUGAUCCUCACGUGUCCGGCUUGAAUGUUCAGCAGUCAAAUCACCCAUCUGGUUCCCUGGGUCCCCAGGUCCAUCCCAUGCAGAAUGUGGUUGGCAGCAGACCCAUGAAUCUGGCCAACUUCCAACAGUUCCAACAGCACACGCGGCUUCCCCAACAUGCACAGAUCUCCCGAGGGAUGCGGCAGUCCUUUUCUGGCCCAUCGCAAGUUCCAGUACCCCCUGGCUGGAACCAGCUUGCCUCAGGGGCUCUGCAGCCUCCUCCUGCCCAAGCAGGCAUUGGGACAGUAAACCAUGGAUGGAAGAAAUCUCCAAUGAACACAGGUCCAGUUCAGCAACAGCAGUUCCCUCAAAGACCUUCAUUAGCCACGGUGCAAACGCCAUCCCAUCCCCCACCUCCAUAUCCAUUUGGAAGUCAGCAAGCCACCCAGACACACACCAGUUUCCCUUCAAUGGCCAACCAAAACCAGUUCAGUGGCACACCAAUAAAGUCUAUGCAAGGGGGGCCAUCUAGGGUCCCCACACCUCUGCAGCAGCCUCAUCUUACUAGUAAGUCUCCUGCUUCAUCUCCAUCUUCAUCCUUUCAGCAGAGCCCUCCGGCCUCUUCACCUACUGUGAACCAAGUGCAGCAACAGGCUGUGGGACCACGCUCAGGGCAGGCCACACCUCUGCCGCAAGGUUUCCAGCAGCAGCCAAUCAGCUCACCCAGCCGUGGGGGAAUAAUAACACAGGGAAUUGCUACAGGGGGCUUCAUGAUGCAGCAUGCACCACAACAAAAUCAGGGGCCACAAGCUAUUCAUACAGGGGUUACCAAACGCCUCCUCGCAGGUUUUCAAGCAGGCCAAGGAAAUGCUAAUUUUCUGCAAGGUCAAACUCCACCUAGCACAGCAGGAUCACCUUCUAACGGAGCAGUACUGCAGCAACAAGGCAGUGCAAGUGGACAAACAACAGCAGGGGGCUCAGUGAAUGGAUCCACACACAGUCAGAUGCAGGUGUCACAUGGUGGUCCAAAUGUAAUGCAAAACAACCUGAUGGGAAUUCACAGCAACCUGAAUAACCAGCAGGCUGGCAGCAGCGGAGUGAACCAGGUAAACAUGGCUGGUCUGCAUGGACAAAACCAGCAAGCCAAUCAGUCACAUCUUCUCAGCAUGCAACAGCAAAUCAUCUCUUCCCAAGGCCAGAUAGUAAACCUUCAGGGGCAGGCCCCGCUAAACACACAGGCUCAGCAGCUGGUACUUUCUCGGAAUCAGCUCAUGCCCCAGGGACAGAUGAUGGUCACAUCUCCGGGCCAAAAUAUUGGGCAAACAACUCAGCGCAUGACUCCACCCAAACAGAUGCUACAGUCCCACAACCAGAUAAUGACGCCCCAGGGUCAGAGCAUGAUGGAGCAGAUUAUACAGGGAAAUAACCAAGCAUUCAGUGCACAGAGCCAAGCAGUGGUUAUGGGUGGGCCCAAUCAGAUUAUUAGGGGAGCAAAUGCUGGGCUACAGAAUGCCAUGGUGCAGUUUCCUGGACAGGUUUCUCAACAGGGGUCUGUAAAUAACAUUUCCCAAGGGGUGAAUAUGCAAGGACAGGGACUUCGAGCCCCAGUUCCAGGGCAGCACUUGCAGCAAACACAUGGAGACAGUGCAACACAGCCUGGCAGUGAUCUAAACUCCCUGCUUCCAGAUCUUUCUAUGCCAACAACUGCUAACAUGGCAUCACAGCACAUGCAAAGCAUGGCAGGGGGUUCAGGACAGCAUUUUCCGGGCCAUGGACUACCUUUCAGCUCUCCAUUUGGCCAAGGGGGCAAUGGAAAUCAGAUGGGGUGUGGCCAGAACACAUCAUUUCCUAUUAAUAAGGAUGUAACCCUGACCAGUCCUUUACUGGUGAAUUUGCUGCAGAGUGAUAUCUCCGCUGGGCACUUUGGGGUUAACAGUAAGCAGAACAACAGCAGUCCUGCCAAACCCAAGAAGAAGAAGCCACCAAGGAAGAAGAAGAACCAGCCGACUGAGGAACAAAUUAGUGCCGCUGAAACCCGCAUGGAAGACCCUGACCCUUUGGGGAUAGGAGGGGAACAAGGAAGCACUGUGGAGACCACACAGAAACUCUCUGAAUUUCCUAACAGGCCAGCGGCAUUCCCACCUCAGCCAGUAGAGCAAAGAUCCUUACAGCAGAUCCCUUCUCAGUUAAUGCAACAGUUGGGGCAACAGCCACAAGGUCUGGGAGGGCAGGCGCAACAACCAACUCCUCCUCAGCAAAUGAUGAUGAUGCUGAUGAUGCAACAACAUGACCAAAAGUCUGUGAGGCUUCCAGGGCAACAAGGAGACUUUAACCGCCGACCAUCUUUAAAUUCUGAAGCUCAGAGGAUGCCCAUGCAGCCUGGUGGCAAUAUGCCAGUUAUGGUGAAUGUGCAUGGUUCUGGCUCAAUUCCACCUUCUCCAGACAAGCAGAGGAUGCCUAUGGCGCCUAAUGUUUCUUUGGGAAAUAAUGGAAGGAAGAUGGGAUUCUCAGACAGUGGAAAUCAGUCAGGGUCACCACUUGGUGAGGUGCCUGCAACAUCUUCUUUAGCAGAUAUUCCAGAUCAGGCAGCAGUUACUGGACAGCAGAACAACAUGGCACCUCAAAUGCUUCUUUCCCAGAAUCAGCUGAUGAUGCCUGGGAACAAAUCCGGAAAUCUUUCUUCUAUGACUUUAUCUCAAGGGGCCAAUCCCCAGCAGCAACAGCAGCAUGUCAACUCUAUGCCUGGACCUCAUGGACACCACUUUCCGAGUGUGCAAACUCCGUCACAAACAUCAAGACCAAAGACUCCAAACAGAGCAAGCCCGAGACCUUACUACCCUCAAACUCCAAAUAAUCGUCCUCCAAGUACAGAGCCUUCUGAGAUUAGCCUGUCUCCAGAAAGACUAAAUGCCUCCAUUGCAGGCCUCUUCCCUCCUCAGAUAAAUAUUCCAUUGCCUCCCAGGCCUACACUAAACAGAGGUUUUGAUCAACAAGGGUUGAAUCCAACAACCUUGAAGGCCAUUGGACAAGCUCCUCCUGGACUGACUGUAAACAACCCAACUGGUUUUGUCCCAUCACACAAGAUGGACAUUGUGGCAGGGAAACAGACAGGCAGUAGUGGAAAUAAACGAGCAAGCCCUAGCAACAGCAGGCGAUCAAGCCCUGCUUCUAGUCGUAAAACGACCCCUAGCCCAGGCAGGCAGAACUUAAAGGCCAACAAGUUUGUGCUUGGGCCACAACAAAACCCUGGAAUCCCCCAAAGAAACGCAAUGCAGGCUCAAACUUCCAUGCAGUCCCUAGUCCCUGGACCUCCAGUUGGUUCAUAUCCACCGGUUUCUCUUCCAGCCAUAAGCAAUAUAACUGAAGAGAAUAAAGAUAGCUCGGCAGUGAUGCAGGAGACAGACAACCAGGCAAUGCAAGUUGCCUUUAAAGAGCAAACCGAGGCAGAACUUAAAGCUAUGGCCCAGCAAGAACUGAAGACAUCUUCUGAAGAGAUGGCCAGAAAAGAACUCCAGCUCAUGGAUGCCUGUAAACCUCCCUCUGCAGAAGAGAUCAAGACUAUGGUAUCACCAGCAAUGAGAGAUGCACCAACAUCGUUGAAUCAAUUGUUGGAUCAUUCAGCUGCUCCCAAUCUUACCAUCAAGUCUUCUGUAGUACCUGUAACUGAAUCGCCUCCUUUACAGCUGCUUUCAGAUGAUCCCAAAAUUGCUGACAUUUCUCCUGUACCAGAAGAUACAAGUAGUAGUAAUGAAGUUGUAGCCACACCUAAUUUGCUUUUACACACGGGACCACAUGCAGCUCAACCUAGAACAGAUACCAUAGAACCCAGUACAAAUGUGUCUCUGAACCUUCCAUCUUCUGCAGUGAAACAACCAGCUGGUCAGACCUCUGUUUCCAGUUCAGUGUCUCAGAGCCAGAUAACUGUUUUUGUCACUUCAAACCCCAUCACAACUUCUUCUACCACAACUGACCCUAUGACUUCCCACCUGCAGCAGCAAUCAUUGUUGCCAACUGUGGUGAAUGUGCAGAACAUGGGCAACAAAGUUAUUGUGUCCGAAGGACAGCAGCAGGCUUCUCAGUCGACUGUGUGCCCUCAGUUUAUCACCCCAGUUUUCUUCAAUUCUCCUUCAAUCAUACAAGUCAUGAAGGCAUCACAGCAAGGGAACUUGCCAGUUUCCACAGUGGCAUCCAAUUCAAACAUGGCUCCUCAGUCUGUGGCAGUUGUGGGGGCUUUACAUAUUCCACAGAAUAUUCAGUUAUCUGCUGGACCACCUUCUUCAACUUCACCUUCUAGUACUGUUUCCAGUAUGCAUACAACUCGAGCAGUCCUAGUUACUCCUCCUCAGACCACUGCACAUCCUGCACAGUCUCCAUCUGUUGUUCUUUCAUCAACACCUUUUAGACAGAGUUCUCAAUUGGGUGUAGCAUCUGAAGAAUGCCCUUCUAUACCAUCACAGCCCAUGGCUUCUUGUUAUAGCAUAAAGAACUCUUUAGCAUCAUCUAAGGGUCAGCCCAAGGUGGAUCAGACUGAGCAAAUCCUAUUCACAAAGGUGAAUAAGAAUGUGUUAGGUGGCACAGGAGAAGACAGUUUGGAAACAAACAAAGAACUUGAAGAGGGAGACAAAACUCCCCCAUUGGCUAACUUGGCUGAUUCUGAUCCAGAGGUCACUACUGCAAUCUCCUCUUCUGACUCUUUGUGUCCCACAAAUACCAGUCCUGUAGAAGGGCUGCCUGCUCCAUCUGCUGCUUUAUCAACCCAUGGGGAGUUGAGGAAUGUAGGCAACACUGUGCCAGAGAGAAAUGACAGCACCUUGGAUAAUAUUUCAGCAGAAAACACACAUGAAAUAGUCUCCUCCAAUAGUGUGAGACAAGAGGAACAACCUGCAAGCAACAAGGAGAUAGCUCCAGAAAAAUCUGAGGUCCAUCCCCAGGAUAUCCCAGAAAGUGAAAUAACAGAGCGAACAAAACCUUUGAGCCGGAGAAACUCCAAGAUGGAGGAGCCCCAAGAGGUGUCGGAGACUGGACAACGCAAGCGUUCAGCCCGUCCAGGCACCGCCUCUGCGAAAGACUCUGGAGCCAGUCCCGCCCAGGCCAAACGAAGGAAAUCCAAGUAGAAUUUUUUGUUUUCAACUCUGCACCAAAUCCAGAAUUCAGUUUGGGAUCCACCCGUGUCCCCAGCACUUCAGGAAUUGGGUGACUUCGUUAGUGCUUCGCCAAAAUCCUAAUUUCAUGUAACUUUCAACUCUGGGCCAAUGAAGGCAACACGUUUUUAAUCACAGAUGAAGCACACACCCCACCCCUUAAUUUCAGUAUGCAAAUUAGAGCUUGGAUUAUGUUCAGUAUGUGGCUGAAUGUUUUGUGUAGGGUUUGCUAUUCGUCCAAACCCACAUAUGAUGGACUCAGAUAUUUUUUUUUAAACUUUUGAGAGAUAUGUAAAUGACUUGCUAACUCUAUUUUUUUUACCCGUGGAAGAUGGUUGUACAGUUUUAACUGCUUAUUUUUUUUCUGCUUUGAAGGAGAAAUAUUUUUUUUUUUUAAUAUUUCAUUUUUAAUUGUCAUUAAACCACUCGUAGAAUAUUGGGAGUUAAGAAGAAGAAAACUAUACCUUAUAAUGAAGCUUUAUCUUUCAUUUAUUAAUGUUGUCAUUUGAGCUCUUAAUAGGCAGGCAAAGAUGUCUGUACACUGGCAGAUAAAGGCUACCCUCCUCUUCAGUCCAACGCAGCAGCUUAUUAACCCUCAGGAUGGCUUGCUGUUAGAAAAUCAGCUACAAAGGUUUUAAAAAUCCCGUUAGAUGAACACAUUGGGUGUUGGUCCUUUUCCAAAGUGUAUCUGUAGGUCUGUUGUAUUAUCUAAUUGUUGGAGAUCAGAUCGUCCAGAUUUGGUCUAAUGGUUGGAUAUCUAAACUGGGAUGGGGAUGCUGGGAGUUGAUCAAGACUCGUUAAAGCUGGCCGUAAACAGGUUAUUUUGGAUAUUGUCACCAAAUCGCUCUUUGUCCACUGGCAGCCUUUUAGGAUGUUGCUCUACAAAUCCUAGCAUCUUCACUUUUGAGAUCCACUUGGAGAUGUUGAUCUAUAACUCCCAGCAUCUCAUCAACAGCAGGAGCGUGUAAGGGGUUGAUUGCAAAUGUAGUUAACAGCAUCUUUAAGAAUGAAACUUUCCCAUCCCUAAAUUAGCAGUAGAUAACUGUGUAAAGAAACUAUUAAAGGGGAAGCUUAAAGAUAAAUAUGUAGUGCUUGGCAACGGUUUCCUUUUAAAAAGAAUAAAUGGAAGAUAAAGGCUCUAUUUUUGGGUGUAUUUUGCACUUUUGCAGAGCCUACAACAUAUUAAAAGCUCUUGAGAAUGCUUUAUUUUUAAUGUGAAUUUUUUAUGAAUGGAAUUGACUGCCUGUCAUUUGUUUUUAAAAGCCGACAUACAGACGAGUGUUGCAAGGGUAUGAACUACUAAGCUAUGAAAGUAGUGGAUUGAUUCAUUUGACCUGCUACACAAGAAAACAAAGUGGUUCCAUUGUCUUUUUUUUUUUUUUUGUGAAAAAUUUACAAGAUGUAAAAACUCCACUUAUUUUGUUUAUUGAAGUACUGUAUUUAUAUAGAUUAUUGAAUAUGGCAGCCAAUUAGGUGACGUAAAUGUUGUAAAUAAUAACAAUUAUACGGUUAAUUUGUUGUAGAAUUGGACCAGUGGACACAUUUGUAAUAAAUAUAUGGACAUUUUAAAUAA